CUGAACUAUUUAAAAGUGAUUUACUUAAAAAACUUUUUAAAAAUACAUGCUUAAAACGAAAGCAAACUUUAAAUAUAUAAUAAAUGAAACUUUAGCAAUUGCAUAUUGCCAAAAUAAAAUAAAAAUCAUGUUCUCACCGGAGAGAGAGUUUGGCUUAUGCUGGUACUAAUGAAUUCAGUGGAUUGUUAUUUUCUCGACUCCUCUAAAGCAGUGGCUGUUGGAGGCUUGACUAAUCAGUUAGGACUUUCUUUUUGCUGAUUAUUCAAGAUGUUGCUUGCAUGGCCCUUUGUGGCUAUAAUUUUGGCCAGAGCUAAGUGUUUCACCAAUGCCAGCCUUGUGUUGAAUUCCUGGUAAAAUCAGAGCAAUAAAAUAGCUGAAUGGGUCACAUUGGCUAGUGUUGGCCUCCUCAAAUAUGGGCUUGGCUUUCUGGUUUUGCUGCAAAUAUUGGGUUCUUGCUAUGCAAUUUGCUAGGGGAUUAUCCUUGGUCUCCCUUCAACGUUGGAGAUUAAGAAGUUGAUUCCUGAUAAAUGUCUUGGUGAAUUUCUUACUUUUAUUACUUAGCUCCUACUACUCAGUAUUUGGCUCUUCAAAGAGGCCAAAAAGUUGCUUUACAGGAAUUGGCUAGUCAACUCGUUCCAUAUUUUUUUACUAGUUGUAAUGAAAUUAAUAAUUUAAAAUUACAUUGGUAGAUUUAAUAAAAAAAUAUAAAAUUUGAUUUAUUUUAGUAAUUAAGCCUAUAAUAAACAUAAUGCAGAAAAUAAUUAUGUGAGUUAAAAACAAAAAUGAGGAUCCAAUACGAUAAAUGGAGUAAAUAUAAGGGCAUAAAUGAACUUUUUCCUUUUCAGAAAUCCCCAAAAUAUCCAACUGCUAAUUGGUAACUUCUUCCCAAAUUGGGGUUUAAGGUUCUAAAACCUUAUAUUAAACCAUUUUAUUUCCAUUUAUUUUUCUUUUCUUUUUUCCUCUGUACCACUGAUCACCGCCAGCACCAUCACCUUAAUACGAGAUUUUAUUCCAAUUUGCUUUUCUUCCAAGCACAGCUACUGCCGGACUCGUUCGUCUCUGCCUUUGCGCUUCCGCUGCCGACGUCGACUUCUCCUCUGCCUUUUGCGGUGAGAAAUAAAAGACUAUGUUUUGUGUUUUGAGAAACGUAUGGAAAGAAGGAAUUAAUAUAGAGAGUUUUAAUUUGGAAUUGACUCCUUGGCGUGGCCUCCUUUGGUUUUAAAUAUACUUUUUUUUUUUUUUGCUUAAUUUUGGUUUUAAAUAUACUGAUUUUUCUAUAUUUCUAUUCUUUUUCCUUGAUAACAAUUUUGAUAUUUUUUUUUUGUAUUUUUAUUUGCUUUGGUCUAUGCAUUUGGUUGCUGGAAGUAAUGGUGUACAGAAGUUUGGAUUUUUAUAACUUGCAAAUGGUGUACAGAUAUGUUCUACUCUUCUCUUCCUAAGCUGUUACAGAUUUUAUACAGAUAUGUUCAAAAUUUUAUAAAGUUUACUUUUCUUGUUUUCUUCUCUUAAUAUUGUUAUCAUUUAUUUUUAGACUUUGUUCAAUUUGCUGCAAUGAAUCUCCCUCUACUGCAUAAUUGUCUUGUUAACUGAAGGUGUAUGUAGGUGGCUUAUCAUUGUUUAAUUUGUUAAAGUUAGUAUGUUGGAGGUGAUGAGUUUGAUGGUUAUAGUGGACGAUGAUGGGAACUGCUGGUGGUGGUGAUGGUGAAUGGUGAUGUAGAUGAGAAAGAGUAGACAUGGUGGUGGGGAGUUUUUUUUUUUUUUUUUUCUUUUUAAAGAAAUGUAAUUAAUUUAAUAUUAUCUUGAUGCAUUUCUGGAAGUGAGUUACGCAUUUGAAGUUCAGCUAUUUUUGGGUUACUAUGUUCAUCCUUUUGGUCCUUAAAAUCAAUCUAUAUAUAUCUAGUAGCUUGAUUUUCUUUAGGGCUUAAAGGUUUUUGUAAUGGCUGGUGUCAGAGAGAUCAACUCAGCAGCAACCCAAUUCUUGCAAGGCUCCUCUAGGCAAACUCUGUUUUUACAGAGAGAUCUGUGUAUUAAUAGGAGAAACCAGUUGCUGUGGGGAACGCUUCGUAAUUGGAAGUCUCCUCUGAGUGUCGGUAAAAGGAAAGGUGUUUCAUUGAGGUGCUGUGCUCAAUCAAAGCCUAGAGCUGUAGUUUCUGGAGCGGCUAGUUCUAUUGAUGAACAAUCUAGUUUAAUUGAAAAGUCUGCUCAAGAAAUUGUCCAUUUUUAUCGUGUUCCAUUAAUUCAAGGGAGUGCUGCUCUUGAAUUGCUCAAGUCAGUUCAAACAAGAAUCUCUAAUGAUAUUGUUGGAUUACAGACUGAGCAAUGUUUUAAUGUUGGGCUUCAAUCUGAGAUUUCUAGUGAGAAACUUGGAGUUCUUAGGUGGCUCCUACAGGAAACAUUUGAGCCAGAGAAUUUGGGCACAGAGAGCUUUCUUGAGAAGAAAAAGAAAGAAGGUUUGAAUACUGUCAUAGUUGAGGUUGGGCCUAGGUUGUCUUUUACAACUGCCUGGUCUGCAAACGCGGUUUCAAUUUGUCGUGCUUGUGGGUUAACUGAAGUGACUAGAAUGGAACGGUCUCGAAGGUACUUGCUUUUUAGUCGGGGAGUCUUGCAAGAAGAUCAAAUUAAUGAGUUUGCUGGCAUGGUUCAUGAUCGGAUGACUGAGUGUGCUUAUACUCAGAAGCUGACAUCUUUUGAAACUAGUGUGGUUCCUGAGGAAGUUCGCUUUGUGCCUCUUAUGGAGAAGGGGAGGAAGGCUUUGGAAGAGAUUAAUCAAGAGAUGGGAUUGGCUUUUGAUGAGCAAGAUUUACAGUACUACACUAGGCUAUUUAAAGAAGAUAUCAAGCGAAAUCCAACAACUGUGGAAUUGUUUGACAUUGCUCAAUCUAACAGUGAACACAGCCGACACUGGUUUUUCACUGGAAAAAUGGUCAUUGAUGGGCAACCCAUGAAUAAAACUCUUAUGCAAAUUGUGAAGAGCACUUUGCAGGCUAACCCUAAUAAUUCAGUAAUUGGUUUCAAAGAUAAUUCUAGUGCAAUCAAGGGCUUCACGGUGAAGCAAUUGAGGCCUGUACAUCCUGGUUUGACAUGUCCACUGGAUGCCACUAUUCGUGACUUUGAUAUUCUAUUUACAGCUGAGACCCAUAAUUUCCCUUGUGCUGUGGCACCAUAUCCUGGGGCAGAGACAGGAGCUGGUGGCAGAAUUAGGGAUACCCAUGCAACAGGUAGGGGUUCAUUUGUUGUUGCAGCUACAGCUGGUUAUUGUGUUGGUAAUCUGAAUAUAGAGGGGUCUUAUGCUCCUUGGGAAGAUCAUUCUUUCACAUAUCCAUCAAACUUGGCAUCACCUUUGCAGAUUCUUAUUGAUGCUAGCAAUGGUGCGUCAGACUAUGGAAACAAAUUUGGGGAACCUCUGGUUCAGGGUUAUACUAGAACUUUUGGAAUGAGGCUUCCAAGUGGGGAGAGGCGGGAAUGGUUGAAGCCAAUUAUGUUCAGUGGGGGUAUUGGGCAGAUUGAUCACACCCACAUAACUAAAGGAGAGCCUGACAUCGGUAUGUUGGUUGUGAAGAUUGGAGGUCCUGCAUAUCGUAUAGGGAUGGGAGGUGGGGCAGCCUCAAGUAUGGUGAGUGGGCAGAAUGAUGCAGAGCUUGAUUUUAAUGCUGUACAACGUGGAGAUGCUGAGAUGGCACAGAAACUUUAUCGUGUUGUCCGCACCUGCAUUGAGAUGGGGGAGAAUAAUCCUAUUAUUAGCAUCCAUGAUCAGGGGGCUGGUGGCAAUUGUAAUGUUGUGAAGGAAAUUAUACAUCCAAAGGGAGCUGUCAUUGAUAUCCGGGCAAUUGUAGUUGGUGAUCAUACUAUGUCUAUUCUAGAGAUAUGGGGUGCUGAAUAUCAGGAGCAAGAUGCAAUCUUGGUGAAGCCUGAGAGCCGUGAUCUCCUGCAAUCAAUUUGUGAAAGAGAAAGGGUGUCAAUGGCUGUUCUUGGGGCAAUUAAUGGUGAGGGGCGUGUUGUCUUGGUAGACAGUGCAGCUAUUGAAAAAUGCCGUUCAAGCGGACUCCCUACUCCUCCACCUGCUGUGGAUCUUGAGCUGGAGAAAGUACUUGGUGACAUGCCUCGGAAGACGUUUGAAUUCCAGCGGGUGGUUAAUGCAAAAGAGCCGCUUGAUAUUGCGCCAGGGAUCACUGUAAUGGAGGCUUUAAAGAGGGUAUUGAGACUUCCUUCUGUAUGUUCAAAACGCUUCUUGACAACAAAAGUGGAUAGGUGUGUUACAGGUCUGGUAGCACAGCAGCAAACUGUUGGUCCUUUACAGAUUACACUUGCUGAUGUUGCUGUCAUUGCUCAGACUUACACUGACUUGACUGGAGGUGCAUGCGCAAUUGGAGAGCAGCCAAUCAAAGGGUUAAUUAAUCCAAAGGCAAUGGCACGAUUGGCUGUUGGAGAAGCACUCACAAAUCUAGUUUGGGCUAAGGUUACUUCUCUCUCUGAUGUUAAAGCAAGUGGGAAUUGGAUGUAUGCUGCCAAGCUUGAUGGGGAAGGAGCAGACAUGUAUGAUGCUGCCACGGCCCUUUCUGAAGCUAUGAUUGAGCUUGGUGUUGCUAUUGAUGGGGGGAAGGAUAGUCUGUCGAUGGCAGCUCAUGCAGCUGGUGAGGUUGUUAAGGCUCCAGGUAAUCUUGUUAUCAGUGUUUAUGUCACUUGUCCUGACAUAACAAAAACUGUAACGCCGGAUUUGAAGUUAGGAGAUGAUGGUGUAUUGCUUCACAUUGACUUGGCAAAAGGGAAGAGGCGGCUAGGGGCAUCCGCUCUUGCACAGGCAUUUGGCCAAGUUGGAGAUGACUGUCCUGAUCUUGAGGAUAUCUCUUACCUCAAGAGAGUUUUUGAGGGUGUCCAAGAUCUUAUUGAGGAUGAACUCAUCUCCUCUGGCCAUGAUAUAAGUGAUGGUGGGCUAUUGGUCUGUGCCAUGGAGAUGGCAUUUGCUGGAAAUUGUGGCAUUGUUUUGGACUUGGCUUCAAAUGGGGAGAGCCUUUUCCGAACACUCUUUGCUGAAGAGCUUGGUCUUGUUCUUGAGGUUAGCAGGAAGAACAUAGAUACUGUAAUAGAAAAGCUCAAGAGGGUAGGUGUUUCUGCUGAUAUAAUUGGACAAGUGACUGCCUCGCCCUUGAUACACCUGACAGUUGAUGGGGAAACUUAUCUGAAUGAGGAGACUUAUUUCCUUAGAGAUAUGUGGGAGGAAACCAGUUUUCAACUGGAAAAGUUGCAAAGACUAGCUUCCUGUGUGGACUCAGAGAAAGAGGGUUUGAAGUUUAGGCAUGAACCUUUCUGGAAGUUAUCAUUUGUUCCUUCCUUUACGGAUGACAAAUAUAUGACUGCAACUUCAAAACCAAAAGUGGCUGUGAUCCGAGAGGAAGGGAGCAAUGGUGACAGAGAGAUGGCUGCGGCACUUUAUGCUGCUGGUUUUGAACCCUGGGAUAUUACAAUGUCAGACCUUUUGAAUGGAGCCAUCUCCCUUAAUGAAUUCCGUGGAGUUGUUUUUGUGGGAGGUUUUAGCUAUGCUGAUGUCCUUGAUUCUGGUAAAGGCUGGUCUGCUUCCAUAAGAUUCAAUCAACCGCUUCUAAAUCAAUUUCAGGAGUUCUACAAGCGACCUGACACUUUCAGUCUUGGUGUUUGCAAUGGGUGUCAGCUUAUGUCUCUUUUGGGAUGGGUUCCAGGCCCACAAGUUGGAGGUGCACUUGGUGCUGGGGGGGACCCAUCACAACCAAGGUUUGUUCACAAUGAGUCUGGUCGGUUUGAAUGUCGCUUUACAAGUGUGGCAAUAAAGGAUUCCCCUUCCAUAAUGUUGAAAGGGAUGGAAGGUAGUACAUUGGGCGUGUGGGCUGCCCAUGGUGAGGGAAGAGCAUAUUUCCCAGAUGAUGGUGUUCUUGAUCGUGUGGUUCAUUCAGAUUUGGCCCCAGUUAGAUAUUGUGAUGACGAUGGCAAUCCAACGGAAACUUACCCUUUCAAUGUGAAUGGUUCUCCCUUAGGAGUAGCAGCAAUUUGUUCUCCUGAUGGGAGGCAUCUUGCAAUGAUGCCUCAUCCUGAACGUUGCUUCUUGAUGUGGCAGUUCCCAUGGUAUCCCAAGCACUGGGAUGUGGAUAGUAAAGGCCCCAGCCCAUGGUUAAAGAUGUUUCAGAAUGCCAGAGAAUGGUGCUCAUAAGACAGUUUGUCUGAUGGGCAGAGUGGUAUUGCAUCAUCAAUUUGAUGGCAUGCCUAACCUUUUGAAGUCGGGAAGUGGCUUGGCUAAUAAUUGUAUCCAAAGCUUCAGGCUGGGCUUAAGUUUCUCCACCAAAAAUAUACACACAAAGGUUUCAAUGGACUCAGGUACCAAAAGUUCUUUUUUGAGUUUCAUGUUGUUCCCUUCAAUAGGUUUUGGUUUUUUUCUUUCAUUAUGUAUUCUCGCCAAAUGACUAAGGCACGGUUUUAAUUAAUACUGGUGGAGUUUUUUAUUUCCUUUUCCUGUACUUUCUAUUGGUGGGGCAGCAUAAAUAGCUUAUCAAUUUCUUACACUGUUGUUGCACUGAUAUACUAUCCUGUAGUGCCAUUUUUCCUGUUUAAAAAGCAUGGCACAAAUUGUUUGCGCAAUUGUUCAUGUUAUUAUAAGCCAAGUUGGAGUUGUCAAAGAAAUUGCAGUCUGCCAACUGAAUAUUGUAUAGUGUGUACAUUUUUAUAUUCACAGAAUAAGUGAACUAAAACAGUUUUCACAA